AUGGCGAAAUUCCGAUAUUUAUCGACCAUAGCAAUGGACACAUUAACUGUCUCACCACUUUAUGUCAACGGUGACAACAAUGGGGCGACUAUAGUUGCUGAUAUAUGUAAAUGGAUCACCACUGCUGUCAGCCAUAAUGUUCAGGAGUUAACUAUUAAGAUAUGCAUUGACGAAGACUUUUUUGAGAUUCCUGCUUGUUUGUGUACUUGUAAAUCGUUGACAAAGCUGGAGAUGGUUUUGGGUACUCUUUGGGCUGACGAGUGCAAGGUUAUUCUACCUUGUACAAUGAAUUUACCUCGGAUCAAAUCAUUGGGUCUGCGGUUUUUUCAUCAAUUGAUUGGUGAGGAAAAGUUAGCAAAUAAGUUUUUUUCAGGUUUUCCUACCCAGCGGUCGUUGGACAGGGAUAGUCGCAGAUUAAACAAGGUGAAUCUUAAGAUUUUGAGUUUGCCCAAUUUAGAGUCGCUGGUAACUAGAGACUGUGGAUUUGAUGAUUUGAAUCUCAAUAUAUCUUUUCCUAAACUUAAAUAUUUUGCAUUGAAUGAUUUUAAACCGAAUGGUGAAAUUGAAAAUACUGGUGAGUACAAGCUGUACGCUCCCAGUCUUGCAUCCUUUGUUCUAAAAGGUUACAUGCCAACAAGUAUCACUCUAGAGAAUCUUUCAUCUCUAGUCAGAGCUGAUAUGCGCAUAUGGAUUAAAAGAGAAGAUAUCGGGGAUGGAGUUUUUCCAGAGAUUCGUGCAGAGAAGAAAGAAUAUUAUACCCAACUUACGUUGAGAUUUUUGAGAGGGUUUCAUAAUGUGAAAGUCUUAACAUUGAACGGUUCCUUCCUCAAGGUAUGA